GAAAGCACGUUAGCCAAAUCAAUGUGAACGGAUCAUGGAUAGAUAUGUAUAGUUUUGCAAAAAGUUUAUCAUUAUAUCGUGUUUGCAAUUUUAGGAAACAUGGCUUGUUUCUUUAGAAGAAGAAUUGCGGCGAAGCUGGGUAGGACGCUGCAGCAGUCUGAGGAUGCCUUCAUACCAGCUCUGUCAGCAGUCUCUGUUUUUAAGAAACAGAAGACAGCUGACUUCAAACUGCCCAUCAGCACUUUACGAACCAAUGGGAUUUUACCAUCCAGUGGAGACAUUCAGUUGCAGACAGAGAACUUGGCCUCUCAGUUGAAUCAGGACAGUGUGUUGGAAGACAUAUCUGCUGAUCGUGGAGUGAUCUACUUUACAGUUAAUCGCAAGCUUCUUGUUCAGAAAAUGUUGGAGCCAUUUGGAGGGCAGGAGGAUGAGAGAUUUGGGUUAAAUAGUGAACUUUUUAAUACCCUCAAGAGAGGAACAACAUUAGUAGAAUACAGCUCUCCAAAUAUUGCCAAAAAAUUCCACGCUGGACACUUGCGGUCUACAUUUAUUGGUAACUUCAUUGCUAACCUAAAGCGGUCCCUCGGAAACAACGUUAUUCGAAUGAACUACCUUGGCGACUGGGGUAUGCAGUUUGGUUUGCUUGGAGCAGGGUUUGGCCAGUUUGGAUGUCAGGAGAAAUUAAAACAGAAUCCCUUACAGCAUUUGUUUGAGGUGUAUGUUCAAGUGAACAAGGAAGCAGAGCGCAGUGAGGACAUGAAGCAGGCUGCCAGAGACUUCUUUAGACAGCUGGAGCAGCGUGACAGCCAGGCCAUGUCGUUAUGGCAACAGUUCAGAGAGAUCACAGUACACGAGUAUCAACAUGUUUACAAGCGGUUAGGGAUCCACUUUGAUGUUUACUCCGGGGAGUCCGAUCACCAAGAUCAAGCCCAGGAAGUGGUGCAGCAGCUGCAGAGCCAAGGCCUGUUGAAAACUUCUGAGAAAGGAACCGGUGUCGUGGAUCUUUGUCCUGAUGGAGACAUGAGCAGCGUCUGUACAGUGCUACGCAGUGACGGCACAACUCUCUACAUCACCAGAGAUGUUGCUGCAGCCAUUGACCGAAAACAAAAGUACCACUUUGAUGAGAUGAUUUAUGUGACAGAUAAAAGUCAAGCGAACCACUUCCACCAGUUGUUCCAGAUCUUGCUCAGUAUGGGUCAUUCUUGGGCUGAAAGGUGUCAGCAUGUGCCCUUCGGCCUGGUGCAGGGCAUGAAGACCCGGACCGGUGAGGUGGUGUUUCUGGAGGACGUGCUGAACGAAGCCCGGACCAGGAUGUUAGACAACAUGAGCCAAUCAAAAACAACAAAGGAAAUGGAAAACCCAGAGGACACAGCAGAGAAAGUGGGAAUCAGUGCACUAAUAGUUCAGGACUUCAAAGGUCCCCUGCUUUCAGACUAUAAAUUUGACUGGGACAGGAUGCUGCAGGCUCAGGGAGACACCGGCGUCUUCCUCCAGUACACACACGCUCGACUCUGCAGUUUAAUAAGGAGGAAUGAGGGCAUAGAGGCAGCUGCAUUCGAUCCAUCCCUUCUACUUGAGCAGACAACUAUCACCAUCCUGCAGCACCUCCUUCGCUAUGAUGAAGUGUUGUACCAGUCAGCCCAGGAUCUGCAACCCAAACACCUGGUCAACUUUUUAUUGAAGUUGUGCCACCUGAUUGCCUCGGCACACAGACAGCUGCCGGUGAAAGGAAGCCCUCGGGAUGUGGCACAGGCAAGGUUACGACUGUUCAGUAGAGCCUGCUCAGUCCUGGCCAACGGGAUGAGGAUCCUCGGCAUCACACCGGUUGAUAAAAUGUGAUCUUAGUGUUAUUUCACUGCUGCAGAUACCAAUAUAGUUAUUGUUAAUAAUUUUUUUUUUUUUUUUUUAAUAAUUGUAAAUAAGGAGCCUUACAUUUAAAAAAAAAAAAUAAAAAAUAAUCUUCCUUAAUUGAACGUCCUACUAUUGUUUUAGACAUCUGAAAACAACAGACCUGAGUGAUGUAACUCAACUCUAUCCUCAUGUUUGAU